UUUGUAGUGAACAUUUCAGUGUGACUUCCGGCGGAAGUAAACAACAAGCCGCUAGCUGCGUUAGCUUCCAGACUUCCUUCUGUUUUAUCGUCGGUUAGCAGACGGUUUUUGUGUGUGAGCUGAAUGUAUCUGCGGCAACAAAACCUCCUUUUCAUCUUCAGAAAGAGACAAAAUAUUGAGAAAUAUUUAACAACCUGGUCCAUCGAUCAUCAGCUCAGACUGCUGGAUACCAGCUGGAAGGCCUUCUUCAGCAUCAUGUCUGUUACUACAUGGGAGGUUGAUGUUGAUCAGCUUCUUGUAACUGAAAGGAAGACCUUAGUUGUUGAGAAAAAGAUCAACAUUAGAGAAAUAAAGGAACAGGAGGAAGCAGAAACGCAGCAAGUGACCCAAACAAAAGAGGAACCAGAACCUCAACCAGUCAAAGAAGAACAAGUUGAACAGUGGAAUGAAGGGCAGGUUUUAGUGAAGCAGGAGACUAACACCACUAUGGUGACACCUGGUGACAAUGAACCAGAACUGCAGCAGAUGAUUGAGACAAAAGAGGAGCCAGAACCUGUGCAGAUUAAAGAAGAACCACCAGAACGGGUUCAGAUUAAAGAAGAACAGGAGGAUAUCUGCAGUGAUCCAGAUGAAGAAGAGCUUGUAAUGAAGCGCGAAACCAAGACUUUUAUAAUAACCUCAACUCGUGAGCAUAAAGACAGUAGUGAACCAGUACUAAACAAAGACCAGCUGCUCUCUGAACACCACACUGAAUAUGAAGGCCAGGAAGACUCAGGAUCCAGUAGAGAUGAAGACCUGAGGACAGAGAGGAGACCACAGGACACCAGAAAUCACAGAGACAAUAUGGACAAUUCAGAACCAAAAACGCAAAACACUAAUUUGUCCUCUUGUAAAUUAUGUGGUAAAUACUUCACUAAGCGAAAGUACUUGACAGACCACAUGAGAACUCACACAGGGGAGAAGCCAUAUACUUGUAAAUUGUGUGGUAAAUCUUUUACUAACCACAGUAAUAGAGCUAAACAUCUGAGAACUCACACAGACGAGAAACCACAUCCCUGUGAACUGUGUGACAAAUCUUUUAGACAGCCGAAUGAGUUGGCUCGUCACUUUAGAACUCACACUGGUGAGAAACCUUUCUCUUGUCUGACUUGUGGAAAAGAUUUCACCAAACAGUCUAACUUGACGGUGCACUUAAGAUCUCACACAGGUGAGAAGCCAUAUUCAUGUAACUUUUGUGGUAACACUUUCAGAUAUGGCGGUCAGUUGACUAUUCAUGCAAGAACCCACACAGGCGAGAAACCUUUCUCGUGUCUGACUUGUGGAAGAGCUUUCACCAAGCAAAGCGCCUUAACUGAGCACAUGAGAACCCAUACAGGAGAGAAGCCGUAUCCCUGUAAGUUGUGUGAUAAGUCUUUUAGAAAAAGUAGUGCUUUGACUUAUCACAGGAGAACACAUACAAGUGAGAGGUCAUGAAUUAUGAGAUAUACUUUUUAUAGGAAUCAGUUAUUUAGUUAAAAACUAACUUUUUAACUAAAUGGGUCGAAACCAACAAGAAAGGGACAUUUUCCUUUUUGUAAAGUAAAACCUUUUGUAUUAAUAAAACAUACAACAGGCGAAAAGACGUAUCCUUGUGAAGUCUUUAUAUAAAGUUGCAGUGCCAUCUACUGGAAAAAUAAAAAAUAGCAUAAAACAUGCUGAAUUUUGACAAGUUUGGACAAAUAUUUGAAAUUUAGCAUCAUGGGGGAGGUAGGAAAAUCCUCAUCCUCUCUAGGGUUUCCAAAAAUAACCUUCUUUAGCCAAUAAGGCAAACAGUAAAGUGUCAGUUGGAGGUACUUUUCCUAUGAGGCAGACAUAUAAGCUAAUGCUACGACACUUAUAUCUGAGAGGAACUUUAAAUGGUCAGUAACACAUG